AUGGCAAAGCAUCCAAGAAUGGUCCAGUACCUCGACAAAGUCCAAGGACUUUUGAAAAAAUUCCCUACUUUCACAAUCCAAAAAGUUUCACGGGCAGAGAACAUUCAUGCAGAUGCGUUGGCGAGCCUAAGAUCAACAUUGGACACCCAGUUCAGACGCUCCAUCCCAGUUGAACACCUUGACCGGCCAAACAUUGAAGAAAUAGAGCCAAUCGACUCAAUGCAGAUUGAUGAGGACCCCAGCUGGCAAGACCCCAUCAUCGACUACUUAGUAAAUGAAAAUCUGCCAAAGGACAAUUCCGAAGCUAGAAAAGUCCAACAGAAAGCCGCAAGAUAUUACAUGCAAGGCGGAAAGCUAAUCCGCAGAUCAUACUCCGGCCCUUCUCUCACCUGCAUAAAGUACCCUCAAACACUUGAGGUCCUUUGCAAAAUUCACGACGGCGAUUGUGGCAACCACUCUGGGGGCAGAUAA